AAACGGUGAGUUGCCUCCAGACACUGCUGGCCAGUCCCUCCUACUUUAUUUCGCUUCAUUUUCUGCUCUCACAAAAACUACUCUAUCACUGUCUGCCUUCAUACUGAGUGCAAUUCCCUCAUCCAUACAUCGUCCUCGCUCUCUCCGUAUCAUCGAUGCUUUUUCGACCUGUGUACCUCAUUCUGGGGCUUCUCGCUGCUGUACAGGCUGCUCCUCUCGAUACCAAUACAAGCUCUGAAGCAUCUAAAUCUCACCUGGACGCACGUAAAGCUCCUAAAACAUCGAACAGUGCUUCCCAACUUGCCCAACAAGCGGCGUCGAGGAUGCCAUUCCUUAUUUUGGUCAGAUUCUCUCCGCACCCCGUUGGCCAGGGUUUCGAUGUUCCUGCUGCAGUUAUCGAUCGCCUAGUCGUUCACUUCCAGAGUACCCUGCCAGUCAGCAGGGAGGAGAUCGGAUUCCCUGCCGGCUCGGUAUGGAUCCAUCCUACAGUUCAAGCACCGUCCAAUUUCGAGUGGUACGAAGUCGCCAAUCCUGAUAAUGGUUGGCGUCCGGCCCACCUGGACUAGACUGUCGUUGUACUUCCUUCCUAUGCGGCAAAUUAAAGGAAACGAACCAACAGGGCUGUGCUUUCCUUACAACGAAAGAUAGUAGUAAUAUGUAGAAUUUGAAGCGAAACCUGUCUCACUCCGUUGUAUGUAUAUGGUGUGAGGAUGGUGUGUUAAUAAAGAACAAAGCUUUAAAGAAGUGG